AUGCUACAAAAAAUUAAGUUAUCCCUAUUUAUAAAAAUUUCCACAUUUAUCCUUUUAAUAUUGUGUAUAAUUGAUAAGCCUCUGGAUGAGAACUGUUACUUUCACAGGAAACUAGAUAUAAGAAAUUAUCGAUUAUUAGGAAAAUAUAAACAGGAUAAAGAUUCAACAAAUGUGUGUUUAAAUGAACACUCAAGUAAUAAUAAAAGGAACCAAAAAAGAGAUAUAUCUAAUAAUAAAAAUGAUGCCUAUAUAAAAUACAAACAAUCAAUUAAAGAUUUAUUAAAUAAGGAACAAUACUAUACUGAAAUUGUGGAUCAUAAUUCUAGUAUGUUUGAUGGAAAACAUUUCCAUUUUCAAAGAAGGUGGAUUAAGAAAAAAGACUAUGAUGAAUUUCUUGGAAAAAACAGAAAAAUUUGUGAUAUAGCUUUAAAAAAAAUAAAAUUUAAAAGUUAUGGAUUUGUAGUAGUUCUGUUUUUUAUUUUUUUCUUGUUGGGAAUAGGAAUACCCGGAUUAUAUGGAAUAGAGUCUUUGAAUGUUAGUUGGAAUGAUAUUAAAUCACUUGAUAUCUGGAAAUAUUUCAAAGAACCUAUAGAAAAUAUGGUUCCAGAUGUAAUAAAGCCCUAUAUUAAUAUAAUAUCAUUUAGCGUACUUAUGAUUAUAUUAUCAUUUAUACUUAUAGUAGUGAUUUAUAAGACAUUAAGAAAUAAUGAAAAAUAUCAACAAAUUAAGUUGAUGAGAGAAUAA